AUGUCUUCCGCGAAUCCCAUUUUCGCAUCAUCGUCAACUCAUGCUCCUAACAAGAAUUCCUCCCCACGACGACGACGUCUCUCUUUCCUGAAUUCCUCUUCCCAAACGUCGAUUUCUUCAUUCCCCAACCUUUUGCCCCUCCAAUAUCUUCUCCGAUCUUCUUCUUCUUCUUUUGCUGUCUCCAAUGUCCUCAAAGUCGUCCGCACUCCCAACAACAUCACGCCUUCCAAGCUUGCUCAUGCACAACGCACAGCUUCUUCCUCCCCUAAACCAAGAAUCCUCGUCUCCGAAAAGCUCGGAGAGGCCGGGCUGGAUCUCCUUCGAGAAUGGGGUGAAAUCGAAUGUCUCUAUGACUUGUCCCCCGAGGAUCUGUGCUCCAAGAUCUCACAAUUCGAUGCUCUUAUUGUAAGGAGUGGGACCAAGGUCAACCGACAAGUCUUCCAAGCGGCCCAGGGACAGCUCAAGGUAGUUGGAAGAGCCGGCGUAGGAAUCGACAAUGUGGAUCUUCAGGCUGCCACUGAGUAUGGUUGUCUUGUUGUUAAUGCUCCCACGGCUAAUACGAUUGCUGCUGCCGAGCAUGCUAUUGCUCUGCUUGCUUCCAUGGCCCGUAAUGUCUCACAGGCCGAUGCUUCCAUGAAAUCAGGUAUAUAUAGAUAUUUAAUUAUUUAUUUAUGAAUGAAUAUGAUUUGGGGGUACUGGUGGUGUGGUACAGGGAAAUGGCAACGGAACAAGUACGUGGGAGUUUCUCUGGUAGGAAAAACACUAGGAGUGAUGGGAUUCGGAAAGGUUGGAUCAGAAGUUGCAAGGAGGGCAAAGGGGCUUGGAAUGCACGUGAUUUCACAUGAUCCAUAUGCCCCUGCCGAUAGAGCGCGUGCAAUUGGUGUGGAUUUAGUCUCAUUCGAUGAGGCUAUUUCCACUUCAGAUUUCAUUUCGCUGCAUAUGCCGCUCACACCCGACACUUCCAAGCUGUUCAAUGAUAACACUUUUGCCAAGAUGAAGAAGGAUGUGCGCCUCAUUAAUGUUGCAAGAGGCGGUGUUAUUGAUGAAGAUGCAUUACUCAGAGCCCUUGAGAGUGGGGCUGUAGCUCAGGCAGCACUUGAUGUAUUCUCGGAGGAGCCGCCCUCCAUGGACAGUAAAUUGUUGCAAGUUGAGAAUCUCACCUUAACACCUCACCUUGGAGCUAGCACCAAGGAAGCUCAGGAAGGUGUUGCUGUUGAAAUUGUUGAGGCUGUUGUUGGAGCAUUGAAUGGGGAGCUGUCUGCAACUGCUGUAAAUGCUCCAAUGGUCCCUGCUGAAGUUGUGUGUGAGCUAGCCCCUUAUCUCCAACUGGCUGAAAAGUUGGGGAGGCUAGCUGUACAGUUGGUGGCUGGAGGGGGGAGUGGGAUUAAGACAGUAAGGAUAAUAUACAGAUCGGGUAGGGAUCCAGAUGACCUGGAUACGAGACUUGUUCGCGCGAUGAUAACAAAAGGGAUAAUAGAGCCGAUAUCAAGCUCUUUUGUGAAUCUGGUGAAUGCGGACUACAUAGCCAAACAGAAAGGCCUGCGAAUAGUGGAAGAGCGAGUGGGUGUUGACUCGUCCCCAGAGCAUCCCAUUGACUCAAUUCAGCUCCAGAUUAGCAACAUCGUCGGAUCAAAGUUUGCCAGCGCCGUGGUGGUGUCCGUACCGACAUCGGAGGAGGAGGAGCUAGGAGAUCAAGGAAUUAAUAAUAAUAUGAUCAGCGUCCAAGGAAGGGUUAAAUGUGGAACUCCCCAUCUGACUAGAGUCGGAUCAUUCAGCGUCGACGUGAGCCUUGAAGGAAACCUCAUACUCUGCCGUCAAGUCGACCAACCGGGCAUGAUUGGCCAGGUUGGGAACAUUCUCGGGGAGGAAAACAUCAAUGUCAGCUUCAUGAGCGUUGGGAGGACUGUCAAGAGGACCGAGGCUAUCAUGGCCAUUGGGGUUGACGAGGAACCCAACAAGGAUGCUCUCAACAAGAUUGGGGAUGUCUCCGCUAUUGAGGAAUUUGUCUUUCUCAAGCUAUAA